AUGAUCACCUUCACGCCUUUGUCGGGCGCGGCGCGUUCUUCCAGCACUACUCCCUUGUCAUAUCUCCUUCAAAUAGACGAUGUCAAGAUUCUAAUCGACUGUGGCUCCCCAGACUGGCUGCCCGAGCCUUCACCAUUUGAUCCACCCGAAAACGACGACCUACAUAAACCGCCUGCAUGGUCCCAAUACGCUGAAGCAUUACAAAAGCAUUCCCCCACUGUUGACCUGGUUCUCCUUUCCCAUGGAGAUUUGGCACACUGUGGUUUCUAUCCAUGGGCAUAUUCGAGAUGGGGUCUAAAGGCUCCCGCAUAUACAACAUUACCUGUUCAAGCCAUGGGCAAGAUGGCCGUUUUAGAGGACAUUGAAGGUCUGCGUGAAGAAGAAGAAGUUAAUGACAAGCCCUUGGAAUUAUCCACAGACCAGGAAGCCAAUGACGAAACAAUUUCAGAGCUGCCUCCUUCAACUCCCCCCUCGGGGAAAUACAUAGCAACUGUCAUCGAAGUUCAAGAUGCUUUUGACUCCCUGAACACCCUCAGAUACUCUCAGCCGACACAUUUGCAAGGUAAAUGUCAGGGUUUAACCAUAACGCCGUUUAACGCAGGGCAUACGCUUGGUGGUACAAUAUGGAAGAUUCGCUCUCCUUCGUCCGGCACAAUCAUCUAUGCAGUGAACAUGAACCACAUGAAAGAACGUCAUUUGGAUGGAACUGUGUUAAUUCGGCAAGCCGCAGGUGGAAUCUUUGAGCCUCUGGCUCGUCCAGAUCUCCUCAUCACGGAUGCCGAAAGAACGUCUGUUAUAACAAGUAGAAGAAAAGACCGUGAUGCAGCCCUUAUUGAUACAAUAACGUCGACACUUUCAUCUCGAUCAUCGCUCCUCCUCCCUUGUGACUCAAGUACUCGAAUAUUGGAGUUACUUGUUUUGCUUGAUCAACACUGGAAUUAUUCACGACUACGAUACCCUAUUUGCCUUCUUUCACGAACAGGAAGAGAAAUGCUUACGUAUGUGAGAUCUAUGAUGGAAUGGCUUGGAGGAACUAUUAGCAAGGAAGAUGUCGGUGAAGACGGUACCAACUCACGGCAAAAUCAGAACAACAACAAGAGGCGACGCGACGAAGACAAUGAUGAGGACGCUUUAGGUGCAUUUGCUCUCAGAUUCAAACAUUUGGAAUUUUUUCCAAACCCACAAGCCUUACUUCAAACGUAUUCAAGCAAGGACCCAAAAUUAAUCAUUGCUAUUCCCGCCUCGCUUUCUCACGGCCCUUCUCGCCAUCUGUUUUCUGAUUUUGCAGCAGUCCCCGAUAAUGUGGUACUCCUUACGGGGAGAAGCGAAGAGGGUACGCUAGGCCGCGCCCUUUUCGAGAAAUGGAACGACUCUCAAAGACCAGAAGAUAAAUGGGAUAAAGGGAAAAUUGGGCGCAAUGUCAUGAUGGACGGUUCCAUCAAACUUAAGAUGAGACGCAAAGUGCCUUUAACUGGAGUGGAACUGGAAAUAUACCAGCAGAAGGAGCAAGCUGCCAGGGAGAAGGAAAUUGCCCAUCAGGCAACUCUUGCUCGUAACCAACGUAUGCUGGAAGCAGACGAAGAUUCGAGUGAUUCCGACUCCGAUGAUUCUGACGCAGAAGAAGAGGACGAGGUCAGGAAUGCCCUUGGAGGAGACUCGAUGGAUAUUGAUGCCGAUGGUAGAGGAGACGAUGGAAAAUCGAGAAAAACGGAUAGAGCAAUGGAAGGCGCUGAUUGGUUAGACGGAGAUGAAGGGUCGACGAAACAGCUCCUUUCAUAUGAUAUCUACCUCAAGGGAAAUGUGGCGAAGGCCACUUCUUUUUUCAAGAAUAAUAGUCAAAGCCAACGGUUUCGAAUGUUUCCCUAUGUGGACAAGAAACGCAGAGUGGACGAAUAUGGCGAAACCAUUGACGUUGGAAUGUGGUUGCGAAAGGGGAAAGCACUGGAGGAGGAGGCAGAGAGUGAAGAAGCAAGAGAUUAUAAGCGACGUGCUUUGGCAGAAGAAGACGCAAAGAAAGCCAUAAGAGAACCACCGUCGAAAUAUAUAUCCAAUGAAAUCGAAAUUCAAUUGGCUUGUCGGUUGUUGUUUAUUGACAUGGAAGGGUUGAACGACGGAAGGGCUGUCAAGACUAUUGUUCCGCAAGUCAAUCCUCGCAAAAUGAUCAUUGUCCAUGCACCGUCAUCGGCAUCGGAUGCGCUCAUAGAAAGUUGCAAUGGGAUCCGGUCGAUGACCAAGGAUAUCUUUGCACCAGACGUGGGUGAAACGGUGCAGAUUGGGCAGCAAACGAACAGCUUCUCUAUCAACAUUAGUGACGAGCUGCUUGCGUCACUGAAAAUAUCACGAUUUGAGGACAACGAAAUCGCGUACGUUAGGGGACUAGUUGUGGCACAUCCAACGUCAACUAUAUCCACGCUAUCACCGAUUUCGUCAUUGGACAGCCCUGUUGAGGCGGGGAAGCGAGCAGAGCCCCUGAAGGAACGCAUACUCGGAUCGCGAGCACGGGCGCCUCUUCCGCACUCGACAAUGAUCGGAGAACUGAAGCUAACUACUCUCAAGGCACGACUGACUGCGAUUGGAGUGCAGGCGGAGCUUAUUGGAGAGGGAGUUCUGAUCUGCGGAUCAAGAGAGACGUUGGGGGAGGCAGUGGCAGUCCGGAAGGUGGGAAAAGGGAAAAUUGAGCUUGAAGGAAGUGUGUCUGAGGUGUAUUAUACUGUCCGGCGGGAGAUUUACAGUCUGCAUGCAUUAGUAGCCGCCUGA